GGGUGUCCGGUUUCGCCGGCCCCGCCUCCGCUUCCACUGCCUCGAAGGGGAAAUAUGAAGGGGAGUUGCCUCCGCCGCCGCUCUCCUCUUCAGAAGAGAAGCCGCAGCAGCCAGGGCUGGAGGAGAAGGCGGCAUCUGAGGGGAAAGUGGGCUGAGGAGAAAAAGAAGACGAACAAGGAGGAGGCACUAUUUUGGGGCGCCGGGAUGGGGAGCCCUGCCUUCAUCGCCUGAGGAGAGUGGAAGGAAGGGAGCCCUCUUUUUUCCUCGACCCCAACAGAGGCGGGGAGUCCCGUCUUCCCUCAGGAUUUGUGUGGAGAGUUGUUUUGGUUUGGCUGCUGCUGCGUGUGGAUUAUUAUUACUGUACUUUGACUUCGGGAGGCGUUCAAAGCUUCGAGAGAAGAAGGAGGAGAAAAGGAAAAAAGCAGGAAAGUGUGGAGAAUCAAAGGAGGAAGGGGGAAAGAAAAGAAGCUGCCACCGGAGACAUGUCCUGCCCGUGCCUCCUAGUGAGAUACCUGUCCCUCGCCCUCCUCUUGCAAGGGCUGGGAGAAGGCUCUGCACUUCUUCAUCCAGAGAGCAGGUCUCACCCUCGAUCACUAGAGAAGAAUGCAUGGCGGACUUUCAAGGAAUCACAGUGUCAUCACAUGUUAAAACAUCUUCACAAUGGAGCACGAAUCACAGUACAAAUGCCUCCUAUGAUAGAAGGACAUUGGGUUUCCACUGGUUGUGAAGUUAGGUCAGGCCCAGAAUUCAUCACAAGAUCCUACAGAUUCUACCAUAAUAAUACAUUCAAGGCCUAUCAAUUUUACUAUGGAGGUAAUCACUGCACAAACCCAACCUAUACCUUAGUUCUCCGUGGUAAAGUCCGCCUCCGCCAAGCAUCCUGGAUCAUUCGAGGAGGGACUGAAGCUGAUUACCAGCUACAUAAUAUACAAAUAAUUUGCCACAGUGAGUCGGUAGCUGAAAGAUUAAGUGAGCUGGUGAAUCGUACAUGCCCUGGAUUUGUAUCAGAAGGCAAACCCUGGGAGCAGAAUGUGAGCUAUGAUCUUUGGAGAGAAGAGAAUGGUUAUGAAUGCACCAGAGCACUGAAUUUCGCUAUGCAUGAACUUCAGCUCAUCCGUGUGGAAAAACAAUACCUUCACCAUAAUUUAGAUCACUUAGUAGAGGAGCUAUUUCUUGGCGACAUCCACACUGAUCCCGCUCAAAGGAUGUAUUAUCGGCCGUCUAGUUACCAACCGCCUCUGCAAAAUGCCAAGAACCAUGACCGCUCAUGUAUAGCAUGCAGAAUCAUCUAUCGGUCAGAUGAACACCACCCUCCAAUUUUACCUCCAAAGGGCGAUUUGACUAUUGGAUUACAUGGUGAAUGGGUGAGCCAACGCUGUGAAGUGCGCCCCGAAGUGCUGUUUCUUACCAGGCACUUCAUCUUCCAUGACAACAACAACACUUGGGAAGGUCACUAUUAUCACUACUCUGACCCAAUCUGCAAGCACCCCACUUUUACUAUCUAUGCCAAAGGCCGUUACAGCAGAGGAGUUCAUUCAUCGCGAGUUAUGGGAGGAACAGAAUUUGUUUUUAAAGUCAAUCAUAUGAAGGUUACUCCCAUGGACAUAGCUACUGCCUCCUUACUGAAUGUGUUUAAUGGAAAUGAGUGCGGGGCAGAAGGAUCCUGGCAAGUAGGGGUGCAGCAAGAUGUAACUCACACCAACGGCUGCAUUGCUCUGGGGAUCCGGCUCCCUCAUACAGAGUAUGAGCUCUUUAAAAUGGAACAAGAUGCCAAGGAGAGAUACUUGCUGUAUAAUGGGCAGAGGCCUAGUGAUGGAUCCAGUCCAGACAGACCAGAAAAAAGAGCCACCUCCUACCAAAUGCCCUUAAUUCAAUGUACACCAAGAGCUUUAGGAGAAAAUAAACAAGGAUCAUUGGAAAACAGAGCACGAGCAAGGAUUUCCUGGGUGUUUGCUUUGACCAUUAUAUUACCUGUUUGUACUUUGCCACACAUGAGCAUGAGCUAGAAGUGUAAAGUUAAAUUACUUUACAAUCAGGGCUGUACAGGAUUUUUUUGAUACAGGGGAAUGACGGAGGGAAGGGCAUAUUUUGAGACAAAACAAAAAAGACAUUUAUUUUCUUGAUGCACUUGAAUGCCUGAGAACUGUUGCUCAAUUCCCCUCUUUGAAUCAUGAACACAGUAUUCAUUUGUUUCUGCUUUGAACUUCAUCAAAUCUUAUCCAUGGCCUGACAUGACUGCACAACAGUAAUUGCACUUUAAGACUGCAAUUUCUUUCUUUAAAAAUUACGUGGUUAAACCAUCUUAUACACCUCACUUGUCAGUGUUGCUGUUGCAGUCUUUCUUACCUACAAAAUCAGCUUCUGCUUUGGAUAUAACUAUGCAUUUAUUGUAUUGUGUCAAUACUGGUAAAUGACAUUGUUCUUCAGCUACAGUGUAUAUAGGUGUGUGUGUAUAUAUAUAUACAUGAAAACUCAA